GUGCGCUGUGUCCCUCGGACACAGCAGAUCACGGAAGGAGCUGAAGAUGUCAGCUCGGUCAUGUGAUCAGCUGUGUCCAAUCACAGCUGAUCACAUGGGAUAUGUGCCCUGAUGAUCAGUGUAGUCCCAGCAGUGCCACCUGUCAGUGUCCAUCAGUGCCAGCAGUCAGUGCUCAUCAGUGCCACGUGCCAGUGCCCAUCAGUGCCACAUCAAUGCCACAUAUUAGUGUAUACCAGUGCAGAUCAAUGCCACAUAUCAGUGCCCAUCUGAGCUGCCUUUCAAUGUCACCCAUCAGUGCCAGUCAGUGCCACCUAUCAAUGCCAAUCAGU